AUGAAUGGCGGUUGCGACUCGUGCGAGGCUCGAACCCAGAAUUUGCCUUGCAUGGCCAAGCCGAUGAUGUCGUGCGUUUGCGAUGCGGGCUACGCGAAGGCCACCUCUUCAGGUCCCUGCGUUCCUGUGAGCCAGUGCCCGAGGACCCGAAAACUCUUCGCUGCGGGUUGCGCCAUGGAGGAGGAGUUCAAGCUGAAUGCUGGCUGCGACAGCUGCGCCAAUCGACAACCCGGAGCGAAUAAUACGGCCUGCGCCACGGCUCCGCAAUACUCCUGCGUAUGUGCUAGCGGAUACGGGCGGAACCCGGCCGGGAAAUGCGUCAAAUUGGCCCAGUGCCCCAAGGCCGCCAACCAGUGCGACGCGAACGCGACUUACAAGCAGAACGUUGGCUGCGACUCGUGUUUGGCUCGGACGCAGUUGUUGCCUUGCGCUACCGCGCUGCAGACGUCAUGUCAAUGGAUCUCCUACCUCUCGAUCACGGCCACCACCGACGCUUUCUUCUGCGGCCGGGUGCAGUCCGAGGCGGACUCGUGCAAAAUUGGCUACUACUCGAACCAGAUCUUUCAGUUUGUCGGCAUGGCCACCGGCGUCGUGGGGCUCUACGUGACCGACAAGUACGGCAUCAAGUUGUCGAACGGUAUCUUCCUCGCCCUCGGCACCAUCGUGUUCAUGUUGUCAGUUUGCAUCCGGCGAGGAUGCCCACCGACCCCACCCUCGCCCUCCAGCGCGCACCACAACGCCUUUUCAUUGCGCCAGGGGCUGGCCAACAUCUUCAAGACGCCAUCUUACGUGAUACUUCUCGUCCCAUUCGGCCUCGCCUUUGCCAUCAACUGGUCGGUGUUCAUCGUCACCGACGCGAUCCUCGACUCGUUGGACUAUGGGGAGGUGAUCCGAAUCUGCUACGCCGGCAUCGUGGUCACCUCAAUUGCCCUGGACGUGCUUCUACACCACAAAUCCGACAACUCGCCAUGGAUGAAGGCGCUCAUGAUCUUGCUCUUCAUCAGCCUGGGCGCGUUUUGCAUCCCGAUCUUCCCCAUUGGUAUCGAGCUGGGCGUCGAGAUGACGUUCCCGGUGCCCGAGGCGACGUCGAGCGGCGUUUUGGUGAUUUUUGGAAAUGCCCUAAUGUUUGCUGUAUCGUUUGGGAUGGACCUGUUGGCAGAGAAUGUGAAGGGCUACUUUAUGCAUUAUCCAUUCACCAACAAUUAUUGGCUUGCCCUUGACUUUUGGUGCGUCCUCAGCGUGAUCGGCCUCCUCAUUGUCGUCUUCGCGCUGAACCCAAAGUAUAAACGGCUGGAGUUUGAGCAGACGGCGAUCGCCGACAGCUGCGCCGAGAGCCACACCGACAGGAAGGGGAGUGGCAGUCAGGCGACGGAAGUGACGAAUUUCUCGCAGAACGCCAACGAUACGAGCACGAAAAAAGAGCGGAAAACGUCAGAGAACCAGGCUACGAUCUACCGGCUC